AUGGGUCUCCUGGAGCUGGUGGCCUCAAACAUUGUUUUGCAAAUCAUUCGUUUGGCUAGUGACUUUGUGCUGCUUGGGAUCUUCAACUUCUUCAAGAGAAGACUUCAACAAAAAGACAGUGCGUUCCUGUGUCGUGACGUCUGUGGCAAGGAGGUGAGAGGCGCCGGCGGCUACGGAUGCCACGUGAUGUUUGUCGGGGCAACGCUGUUUUUGGACUGCGUCAGGCAGGCGGACCUCAAGGAGGUGAAACUGCUGUCUCCGACGGUGUUCAUCAGACAUGAGCCUCGUCCGGUGGCGCCGACGGCCAACCUGGCAGUCGUUCACGUGCAGGCGAACAAAACGCCGUUUGUGGUUUGGGGGCCUCCCUUGACGCAGCAAAGCAGCGUAGUGGCCCAAGAGGUGCCACAUGUCAUCAGGGCACCAUCGUCGACGCCGGAAGUGACGGUCAACAUCAAACAUGGUGUUGCGCACAUUGAGGCGGACGUGGACCCAUGGACUGCAAUGGUCCUGGUCUUCAUGGGCCUUGGAGGAGCAGGGGCUACGUCCCUGGCUGUAUUUUUGGUUUGGCUGGUCAAGUUCAUAAGGAAAACGUCAUCGUACAUGCGGGAACUGGUGCGGAUGCUGACGCCAGAGGAUCAGCAGGAUCCAGAAGCCCAGCCAGUGGUUGAUCUGCUGGGGCUGGAGGAGACGGAUAAAGCCAUUGCAGAAGGGAAGGAGGAAGAACUGGUCCUUGAGGACAACAACCCCUUCAAAGAAAUGUUGAACACCCGAAUUUCUUUUGUAGAAAGUGAUCAGCAAAUGGACAAGAUUCCUGUGGAAGAGUCCAUCUCCAAUCUAGGAUAA